CCUCCCUUGGUUGCGAACGAGCAACGUGAUUGGCCCAGGCCUCGGAAGAGUGCCCAGGCCCGGGGAACCAAAUGUACAGGCCGCAUUUAGCUUACCGUCGAAAUAUAAACCCAAACAAUAAAAGACAAAAUUGAGAAAGAAGAGAUAUCUGCAAUACAUGUGAAGGAGUCCGUAAUCAGGCUUCUCUUCAUUAAUGGAAGGACGAUCCACCAACGACCUACUGUUAUUCUUAUUCUCAACAGCACUGGCAUCAAAUGUGAAGCCUUUUUAAGAUCAAAGAGAUGGACCACGGUGGAGGGGUCUUGGAGUUGAAGAUGCCACACACCAUGAUCAUGCAAGACUUUGUGGCGGGAAUGGGGGGCAUGGCCCACAUUGAUGGGGACCACAUUGUGGUGUCUGUGCCUGAGGGAAUGCUCCUAUCUGAUGUCUUGACGGAUGAAGGCAUCCUGCUGGAGCAUGGCCUGGAGGUGGAGGGACUCGAGACGGAGGUGGAAGUGGAGGGCCUGGAGGCGGAGGUGGAAGUGGAGGGCGUGGAGACGGAGGUUGAGGAGUUUGGAGCAGAGGUGGUCGAGCUGGAGACUCACUUGGUCGAGGGCAUCGAGACGGAGGUGGUCGAAGGCCUCAACGGUGAGGUGGAGGUCCUGGAGGAAAGCCUAGAGACUGAGGUUGAGGUGAAGGACCUUGGGGAGGAGGAAUUCGAAGGCCUAGAAGCCGAGGUAGAAGUGGUGGGACUCGAGGCGGAUGUACUAGAGGAGUGCCUGGAGACAGAGGUGAUCGAAGGCCCUGACGUGGGCCAUCAGGACCUGCUGGGGACGGAGGUGGCCAUCGAGGACACUCUGGACUCCCACCACCAUGUCCUAACCUCUGAACUCACCCAAGGCUCCGUUCACCAUCACAUCCACCACCACAUGCCAGACCAGCUCUUUGUGGAGCACCAGGAGGAGGAGGACAGCCAUGGGGGGGAUUGCUUGGACCAGGAGCUGGGAUCCGAGGCCGGAAUGGCAGGGGACGAGGGUGGGGACGAGGGGACCGUGAUCCAGGCCCACGAGGAGAUGCCCGUGGAGGUGGAAGCUGUCUCGCUGCAGACCGACGAGGACGAGGAGGAUGAGAAGAGCACCUCGGAGGACUACCUUAUGAUCUCCUUGGACGACGUUGGUGAGAAGCUGGACCUAGGAGACACUCCUCUGGAGAUUAGCACUGAGGUGAUGCAGGACGACGGCUCUAACAAGGAUGGUUCUGAGGUCAUCAAGGUCUACAUCUUCAAAGCCGAAGCGGACGAUGAUGUGGGAAUAGGUGGGACAGAGGUGGUGUCGGAGAGCGACUUCCAUAACGGCCCCCACGCUGUCUUGGAGUCCAGGGGAGGAGGGAGGCACUGCCGUGGGGAGAAGAUGGUCUACAUGGCUGUAAAGGACCACGCCCAGUCAGAGGAGGAUAUCAACGUGUCUGACAUGGCGGAGCAGGUGUACAUGGAGGUGGUGGUAGGAGAGGAGGAGGCCUCUGCAGUCCAGGAGGCCCAGCUGGAGGACUCUCCCAACAGCAAGAUGUUUGUCCCCGUCUCCUGGGCGGCUGCUUACGGGAACAGUCUGGACACGGUAAAGAAUGGAGCGCCCAGGCCCUACCUUCAGAACCGAGACGGUGCAGGAACCAACCGAGCCCUCAAGCAGAAGAUCAAGAAGAAGAAGAAGGGCGAGACACGUCAGUGCCAGACAGGCUUGGCCGACAUCUCUUCCGUUGGUCUCCCCUCAGCUGUGAUCAUCGGUCCGGAUGGCAUGCCCCUGACUGUCUACCCCUGCCACAUCUGUGGGAAGAAGUUCAGGUCGCGAGGCUUCCUUAAGUGCCACAUGAAGAACCACCCGGACCACCUGCUUAAGAAGAAGUACCAGUGUACAGACUGUGACUUCACCACCAACAAGAAGGUGAACUUUCACAACCACCUGGAGUCCCACAAGCUGCUGGCCCACCGUGGCGACCGGGACCGAAGCUCCUCCCCGGAGUACCCAGAAUACAACAGGACCACGCCGGAGUACACUGAGUACACCCGGCAUUACCACGAGGACAGCCAGCUGGGCUCCAACAAACUCAUCCUGAGGGACAAGGGGUCCAAGCUGCACCACUGUAAGUACUGUGACUAUGAGACCGCAGAGCAGGGCCUCCUCAACCGCCACCUGCUGGCCGUGCAUAGCAAGAACUUCGCCCACGUGUGCGUGGAGUGCGCCAAGGGCUUCCGGCACCCCUCGGAGCUGAAGAAGCACAUGCGAACGCACACGGGCGAGAAGCCCUAUUGCUGCACGCACUGCGACUUCCGCUGCGCCGACCAGUCCAACCUAAAGACUCACAUCAAGAGCAAGCACGGCGCCGACCUGCCUUACAAAUGCGGCCACUGCCCCCUGGCGUAUGCGGACGAGCUGGAGCUGCAGCGGCACGUGGACAUGGUCCAGGGGCACAAGACCCACCAGUGUCCCCACUGCGAGCACAAGAGCACCAACUCGUCGGACCUGAAGCGCCACGUCAUCUCGGUCCACACGAAAGACUUCCCGCACCAGUGCGACGUGUGCGAGAAGGGGUUCCACCGGCCCUCGGAGCUCAAGAAACACUCUGAGACGCACAAGGGCAACAAGAUGCACCAGUGCCGACACUGUAACUUCACCACCUCGGACCCUUUCACGCUGAGUAGACACAUCCUGUCGGUUCACACCAAGGACCUCCCCUUUAAGUGCAAGCGUUGCCGGCGGGCGUUUCGACAUCCGACGGAGCUCAAGAAGCACAUGAAGACGCACAGCGGGAGGAAGGUGUACCAGUGUCAGUACUGCGAGUACAACAGUUCGGACGCGUCGGGAUUCAAACGCCACGUGAUCUCCAUCCACACCAAGGAGUACCCGCACUGCUGUGACUACUGCCCCAAAGGCUUCAGGAGGCCCUCGGAGAAGAGCCAACACAUAGCCAGGCACCACAAAGACAUGCUGAUGUGAUGUCCUUGUUACUCCGCCCGACACGGGCAGACUGACACGGGCUGAUUUCCUUAGUCUACGUAGGCCAGUUUUAAAUGACAAAGGGGGAACAGCGUCUGGGCAGCGUCGUUCCGAACUGGUCCAUUUUUAGAUGGCUGACGAUGGUUGAUGGCGACAUUGGAACUGAACGCUCGUGUUCCGUUUUCACUGGUUGUAUGGAGUUGGAUUUCACAUGAACCCACCCAUCUCUUCUCUCCCGGAAGCAAGGAAUAUAGGAAUAUUGUGGGACUUUGGUUGAAGCUUAAAAAUGAUGUAUUUGUAAGCCGUGGGAUAUCUGUAACUAUGUAUUUGUUUUGCUGCAGAAAAUGGAUUCGCAUUUAAUGAACAUUUAUUCAGGGUCUCAAAUUAAGUUUAUUUUUAUACUUGUUGCAGCUUAAACGCUGCGCGAAAGAGAGACCGACAGCCAGACAGACUUUUCCUCUAACUAAUAUAGGAAGUGGUGCUUUAAGGUCAUCCAGGCCAGUACUUCUCUCCAUCUAUCUUACCAGACUAUCAAACUAGUACAAAGGGCUGCUUUGCUCUCUACUGUACAAUACCCACUACAAACGUAAUAUCUGAUCCUGGGUUCAAGCAGUGUUUCAAAUCUUUAACAUACAGUAUGUUUAGUGUUUGCUUUAGCCUAGCUUGUGUGCCAGAUGAAAGGGGUUUGGCUUGGAAUAAAAUUAGUUGUUCCUUUGGGCCAGGAAAGCGCAAACAAGCCCAGCUUUUUGAAAUAAUUCCAAAUAUAAUUUGAAUCCAGGUCUAAAGUAUCCUCCCAGUGACUUGGUUUUUACCCUAAUACCGGUUGUAAAGGCAUUCUUAAUAACAAUUGUGUCAUGAACCUGAUUGCUGUACUACAAAGCAGGAUUAAUGAGUUAGCCAGCUAAACAACCAGACAUAACUUGGGGAGUCAUUGGGAAAUCCAUGAACCCUAGUUAACUUAUUGACCCUGCCAUGUGUUAUAGUCUCAGGUAGGGUGGUCUACAUGUAAGGGCGGACAGAGACUGCCCUGCUGAUGGGACGCUAGUUUUGACCUGGACCUUUAGGGUUCUGGCCAAGAGUAGUGCGAUACUUAGCAAAUAGAUUGCUGUUAGGACCGUUGACAGUGAACCAAUGUUUACACAAGCACCUUAAUGUAACCCACAACCCAUGAAACCAACUCAUUCAAAAAAGAUAGCCCCCCCACCCCUCCUAACGGUGCCGAUUUAUUAUCCAUUAAAGUUGUUUAAUGUUUUGAUGUCAUGUAAGAUGGACAGGUGGUUAAGUUCUUUUGGUUUGGUUCAAAGCUCCCGCGGGUUUUAACCACAGUUUUGUGACCAUGUUGUGAAUGCCACUGUAAGAUGUGUCUGUAUGUGUACGUAUAAUCGCAUAUAACACGGAUGCGCUCCCACGUAUUCCAACCAGCGGGUGGUAAUUAUGCCUUAUAUGUCCUGUUGUUUCUUACUCCUCAUGCACUGAGCUCUGCUGACACAGAAAUCGGAAAAAAAGAAAAGUGAUUUUUAAAAGUCUCAAACAUGCUGUGUAAAGUACCAUUCUCUAAGAGAUUAUUUAUGUUUGAGUCUGUAGAAAGCACUUUAACUUUUUUAUUUUACUUUUUAUUUUAUUUUAUGUACAAGCAGAGGGUGUAUGAUUCGUAUUCCCUGAAUUUAAGACAGUUUGUGAGUGGUGGAGAAAGAAGUCUGUGGUGGGACGGUAUCGAUCUGCAAUAUGUAUAUGAUCAAAAUGUGUAAGUAAAAGAGAGAUUUCAGUUGAACUGUUCUGUUUUUUAAUAUCUGACAGGUGAUUGGUUGGUCUUUCUGUUGAGAUAUCUGCUAACGGGUUUCCUCCAAUCUGUCACAACUAAAGCACGGCAAUUGGGCUACACACACACACCAACAGACAUGACAACACGCGCACACACUCCAUUGAAUUAAUCGGUUGAGGGACUGGCACACGUACGAAGCGCACACACCUUGAAUACAAUGGUUAAGAUAUUGGCAUUCAAGUCUUAAGGUAUGCACAUAACCUUUAUCCAUGAAAUGUAAAAAAUCAUGCAUUUUUCUUGUACCUUUUUGUUAAUUUUCUUUGUCUGAUUGUUCACAAACUACUGGUGAGGAGGAACUAAAAUAAAAAGGUAUCUUUUUA